GGAACAAAAGCCCAGGCAGUGGAGUCUGGCGAAGGCAAGGAGAGAGCAUGGGGUGUUUUUGAAUAAUUAUUAAAAUGAGCAUGUGUCUGCGCCAUCCUGUGGGUGUGGCGCAGAGCGGAGUGUAAACUCUAGCGGGGCCGAAGCAAACAUUGGCUUAGCGGCAGCAGCUGCCAGUCUGUGCCUAGGAGUGUGGGGACCAGCGCGGCAGCAAGCAGACCGACACCAUGGCCUCGUCUCAGGGGAAAAACGAGCUGAAAUUCGCCGACUGGAUGGCAACUCUGCCUGAGAGCAUCCACAGCAUCCCCCUCACCAAUUUAGCCAUCCCAGGGUCCCAUGAUUCCUUCAGCUUCUACAUUGAUGAAGCUUCUCCAGUAGGCCCUGAGCAGCCAGAAACUGUCCAGAACUUUGUUUCUGUGUUUGGAACUGUGGCCAAGAAGCUGAUGAGGAAAUGGUUAGCCACUCAAACGAUGAACUUCACUGGUCAGCUAGGAGCUGGAAUCCGCUACUUUGACCUGCGAAUUUCCACCAAGCCCAGAGACCCAGACAAUGAACUGUACUUUGCUCAUGGCUUAUUCAGUGCCAAAGUCAAUGAGGGUCUUGAAGAGAUCAACGCAUUUCUCACAGAUCACCAGAAAGAGGUAAUAUUCUUGGACUUCAACCAUUUUUAUGGGAUGCAGAAAUAUCACCAUGAAAAACUGGUCCAAAUGCUGAAAGACAUCUACGGAAACAAAAUGUGCCCAGCUAUUUUUGCCCAGGAAGUGAGUCUAAAGUACCUAUGGGAGAAGGACUAUCAAGUAUUGGUCUUCUACCACAGUCCAGUGGCAUUGGAAGUGCCCUUUCUCUGGCCUGGGCAGAUGAUGCCAGCACCCUGGGCAAACACGACAGACCCCGAGAAAUUGAUCCAGUUUCUUCAGGCAUCCAUCACGGAGAGAAGAAAGAAGGGCUCGUUUUUUAUAUCUCAGGUGGUGCUGACACCCAAAGCAAGCACUGUGGUCAAGGGUGUGGCAAGUGGCCUCAGAGAAACCAUCACAGAAAGAGCGCUUCCUGCCAUGAUGCAGUGGGUCCGCACCCAGAAGCCAGGAGAGAGUGGCAUCAAUAUUGUCACUGCUGAUUUUGUAGAACUUGGCGAUUUUAUCAGCACUGUCAUAAAACUCAACUAUGUCUUUGAUGAAGGGGAAGCCAACACUUGAUAUUCCUCUUUGGUGUGUCCAUGAGUAAGAUAGAGAAGCCUCAUUGUAUUAGACGUAUUAUCAAAUACACCCUCUGAUUUUCCUAUUCUGCUGAGCCUCUGAAGGAAUUAAGGCUGUCGGUGAGUGGGAAAAGAGGGUAAACCAUGUCUUCAGUGAUUGUAACCAUAUUCUGCAUUACUAUAAAUAUGUCAUUUCCCAUUUGGUGAGCAAAAUCUACUACUAGUGUUAGGAAUAGAAAAGAACAGUGAAUUUUGUUUUUCAGAAUUAAUGUUUGUGAUAUGUGACUCAUGAGUGUUUACUUGAUUGCAUUUUCUAGUUUCAACCUCGGGCUCCUGUACUAUUUAUACCCUCUACCCUUUCCACUCCCUCUCUCUUGCUCGCUCUUUCUAAUUAGAUGCUAUACGGGUCUCAAAGCAAUUGAAUGCCCAGCAUAAUGUGUGUUACAUUGUUGUACUGAAAUGUGUUUGUUUUGUGAGACUUGAUAAAAUAUUCCAUAGUCAUCUGCAAUUGAGCGGUCAUAGCUAAUUCUUGGUCGUAGAAAAUAUGCAUCAAAUCAAUUUCCUUGUAUCAGUAAUAUUGACAGUCAUUAGUGAUUUUUGUGUUCUAUGGAAACAAUGAUGUUUCAGAGUAUUUCUGUGUGAGGCAGCUAGGACUAUCAUGCAAAAAGAUUUUUGGGAGGACUAUGAGCAUCAACUCUGUAUUUUAAAAAGAAGAAGAAAAGAAGAAGAAGACUGUAUUCAUAGACAGCUACUAUUUUAAUUCAACAGUCUGGAAUAAUAAUGCCCUGCAAAUGUCAAGCUACAGUUGUGUGUUAAUCUGAAAAAAAGAAAUUUAAAUCUAUAAAAACUUCUCUUAAUAAUUUUAAUUUUUCUUAAAAAAUCAAAAGAAAGAACACGAGACUCUCCUAUAAAAUUGGGAUUCCAAUGCAAAAUUCUAAAACCCAGAUUAUGAAAAAGUUUUAAGGAAGUUGUAUUUGUAUUUAUACCUUAGAAGAAAAUGAAGGAAUGCAGAGGGAGUCCAAAUAAUGUUUUUGAGACUUUAUCCAUAAUCCCUAAAGUUCCUUUACAAAUUCUUUCAAUAUGUAUGAUCUCUACAGACUCAUCUACAGUCAGCAGUCCAAGGUCCAUCCUGCUUGAGGUGAGAAAAAGGCCAAUGGGCUGAAGUCUCGUACAAAGUUUCUGUGGUAUCACUUUUGGUAAUAACAAUGUUAACACACUUGUUAUAUCCUCCUGUGUCCAGUAGUAUUUGACAACUCCAAAAACAAUCGUCAAAGGGCACAAUUCCCCCUUCUCUUUGUUUCACAGGAAUAAUGUGAGGGAUUUGCAAAAAUCUGUACAAUUUCUGAAGUUCCUAAAAUUAUAAAUUAUAUUAUCUUCACAUAUAGAAAUAAUCAAACCUUAAUAGUUUCCUGGGACAAUGCAUUUCCAUGCAUAUCAAACUCCUGGAGAAAUGAAAGCACUCCCUUGGCUUUUAAUUAAUUUGAACAGAAGACAAAUGAGUUAGUCUCUUUGACAUAAUUAAGGAGUUGAUUUAAAGUUAUUUCUCAAUAUUGUAAAUAACCAAGAGUUGAUUUAGAGAACAAUUACUCUUCAUCAGAAAACAGCACUUUCUAAAAACUACAGAGUGAAAAAAAAGUUUACACUCAAUAGAAUGUUUGUGAAAAAUGUGGUCUCUUUUUAGAAUAAGUAACAUGCCUAUGUAUACAGCAGAUAUGUUUAUAAUUCCAGUUGUGUGUGUAUUUUGUCACACAUACUCUUGUUCAAGCAAGCUGAUACUGAUAUACACAAAUACACAAAUUAUAUGAAAAAUAAGAUAAUUGUCUUCAAAUAAAAGCACUGAUAUUAGUAAAUAAUUUAAUUUAAAAAUGAAUCCAAGAGCCAGGUAUGGUAGUACAUGCCCAUAAUCCCAGAACUUGAGAAGCAGGAGAAUCAAUACUUCUUCAAGAGUAGCCUGGGCUAUACUUUGAGCUCAAGGUUAUCCUGGGCUACAUAGUGAGAUCCUAUCUCAAAAAUUGGAAAAAAUAAAAUGAAAAUAACAUCCUUUAACAAUGUAUGGGACAUGUUACAAAACAUUUGAAAAUGAAGUAGUUCAUCAUAUAAAAUAUUUUUAUAAAAUCAUUACAGCUUAGGACUUAAUAUUCACAGAGUAUACUUCCCCCUUUGUUUAUCUAUCCUUUGCAAAUCUAUUAUCUAUUUCACUUGAUCUUCUUGUGCAGAUAAAUAGGAACUCUUUUUAGUUGAUUGUUGACAUUGUACUCUAUAAAACUGCUUAUGGAGUCAGUUCAUUCUCUGACUCCCCAAUUUUGAUGCCUCAUGAGCAUCUAUAACCAAGCACAGUUGCGUUGACACAAUUAUUUAGCUUACAAUAUGACAAAAAGAAAAUCUUAAUCUGUUAACAAAAAAAAUAGAUGCAAUGUAGAACUUACUGUAUUGUAUUUUCUUAAAUUUGGAUGCUUUCCUGCAGUGUAUGCACAUAGCCAACUUUGUGAUAUUUGUUAUUUGCGUACUGGGAAGAAUUAACAUAAUGAAGCAUUAGACUGAAAUUUCUUAACUAGGAAAGAGGGGUUUGUUUGUUUGUUUUUGUUUUGUGGAUUUUGCCAUUAAUGAUAUCAACACAGAACUUUGUUAGAAAAAAGGUACUUUCAAUCUGAACUUAGGAUUUCCAUGUAGAUAUACAGUUAGUUCCUAGGUAGUAGGCACUGAGAUAAAUGGGCUUGCCUUAACUUCUAAAGAAGGACUAAGAUAGAAACAAGCCAUGAGGGAGGUCACUAGAAGGGGUUUCUGGGCAAGAGGAGUAGAGAUAAGGUGCCUUGGGCUGUCUUCUGGUCAUUGGCCCCGCUAUUGAGCACAUUCAUGGAGCAGACCGUGGGCCUUUCAUAGAUAAGUGAUGGCAUGCAGUCCAAUCAGGCUUUUAGUUCUGCUUUGUCUUUCUAGAGACCAGGGAGCACAAGGGCUACACACAAGCUUCCAGUGUAGCUAUGUCUUGCUGUACGUUUUGUUUCACUGGCACUUUAAGACAACUUUAUGUUACAAGUCCCACAAAGCAAAAAAAAAAAAACAAAAAACAAAAAAAACAACUAAGAUCCAAGUCUUACUCAAUCCAUGGCAGUAAAUCCAAGGAGUGAGAGGAAUGAGAGAAAAUUCUCAAUAAAAUCAUUUUUACAUUUGCUUUCCUGUAAGUUACUCUGAAGGACCAAUAUAGCAAAUACUUCUGCCAUUACCAGUUAUGUCUCCUUCUUACUACACAGUCAUGGGAGCACAGAGAAUGAGGAGGCAUCCUUUAAAAGCCUUAGGAAAUUCUAUAUGGUAACCUCAGUGUUACCAUAUAGGGAAAACUCACAUUUCACAGAACACCACCUAACAGAGAAUGUAUCCGAGCGUAAAAUAUGUGGCAAGACGCAUACACACAGACAGUCACUCUCUCUCUCUCUCUCUCUCUCUCUCUCUCUCUCUCUCUCUCUCUCUCUCUCACACACACACACACACACACACACAUUACAACCAAUCAGCCAAACUGGUUUUAUUGCAAUUUUAAACUCUUGAAAUCAAUCUUUCCUCUGUUAUUAGGUUUGAAUAUAGAUCAAGUAUUUGAAUGUUUAAGGGGAGAAAAAUCAUUAUAAAACCAAUAAAAAAGUGAGACCAGCAGAAACUAGAACCACCCAGCAGUAGUGCUCUCUAUUUAUACUGUCAGUUACCCUCAAGAGACAUGAUCGAAUACAAAUUUGAAUAUAGAUGUUUGAACGCAUACACAUCUUCACUCAAAGCUGUUCUUCUAAAGAAGAGUCUUUGUUCUGAGGUGUUUUUUGGCGAUGCCACCUGUCCAUGUUCCUACCUGUUAGAAUUACAGACUAGAGAAUUGGAAGUCUCAGGAAAUGCAUGUUUUUGUUAGUUUUUAGUGCCAUUUUACAAAUAUUUAGCAACACAAUCUUCAAACUUUUCUUUGGUUGGUCAACCAAAGAGGAGAUGAGUAGGUCAAGUGCUCGCAUCCUGAACAGCUAAGAGAAAAUAACACACAGUGUCUGUCCCUCAGGAGACGCUAAUAAGAUCUCUAAAGCAUUUUAUUUUGCUAUAUUUUAGUCUUUUACACUAGUUUUCAGUGAAACCAUGGUGUGAAUGCUCUAUUUGCCAUAACUUAUUGGUGGCUCCUGUGUAAUGUAUAGUUUAAAAUAACGUUCCAAAUUGUUUGUUUUCCCAAUGACGAUAAUAAAAUAUUCUAUAGAGUUUGUAACAGGUGUUAAUUGCAAAUUGUGUAACUUUUAUUUUAAUUGUGAUACAAUUUUGUAGUUCUUAGUUCUGAUCCUACAUCUGUAUGAGUCAAAAUUGUCAGUGGUACGUGUAAUUAUAUUGUAUCUUCUUAAACAUCAAACUUAUCCUAAAGAAAAAGGGCACGUCAUGACUAGCCUUAACUCAUUGUCAUUUUUUUUUGCUUUGUUUUGUUUUAGCAUGAUUCAGUUGCUGCAAUUUGGAUUUAAAUUUUUAGCGGAAGUCAUAUUUCUUCUAAAAAUGUCACUUAAGCAAUCUUAUGGAGUAUAUGCUUUAGAACGUCACUGAGUUCUCACAACUCUACUUCCCAGCUUGUUCAUCGGUUAUGCUAUUUGAAAGUAUCCGAUACCACCUAGUUUACCAACUCCAUUAUUCACUGGAAGACUAAAUUCACAUUUAUUAUUUCCAUUCAUUAUUUUCAGCGCCGAAAUUCCAACACAGUAUUUUGUAAUGGUGGGUCAUUUCUACUUUAAUGGUAAGAUUUCUAUGGGAAGUUAUUUCCCUAACCCACUGCUUUUGAAGUUAUUUCUCUAACCCACUGCAUAUGAAAUAAGAUGGACUGCCUGCAUCUAUGAGAAUCACAGAAGCUCCAUUGACAUGAGGUGAUCCCAAUAUGGUUUGCUUCUCAGCAAAACCAGUAACAACACUCAUCUUUCUCUCUUCCCCACGGGCAACAGGAAACUCCCAACCAGUCUACAAAGGUGGUCAGAUCAGAAGCAAAACUAUAAUCUCCCUUAGGAUUAGACUCUAUUUAUGAACAUUGUUUCCCAAUUUCUUCCAUUCUUAAUUAUUUCUUUUUAAUGAUUACAGCUGCCAAGUAAAAUAUAUAACAGCAGUGAAAUUCGUAUCUCAGAUAUGUAAUAUGUUAUUGAGUUUCCUAUAUAGUUCAUCAGAACUGCUUACACUAAAAUUCUUAUUUACCUAAGGAUUUUAAAUUUUAAAUGGAUAUGUUCUACAUUGCUUCAUUUAUUCUGGCAACAUUAUACGUAGUUCCUCCCAAUCUUUUUCAGUUGGGCUGCUGUGAGCUCUGAGAUCACUGUCCUAUACUAAGACUACUCAUAAAAUCUGUAGUUUAGGUCCCUUUAUGAAGAAAAUACAGUUUCACACUAAGUCUACAGAUGCUUUUCAAGAAGCAUCCCAAAAGUCACUUGAAAAAUCAAACAAAUAUCUUCAUUAGAUGAAUGCUACCAAAUUCAUUUUUUUCCUAUAAUAGCAUGCUGGAGGACUGGAUUCUACUGAUUAUUUCUGGAAAUAGUAUCACCCAGUUAUCGAGACAACCAAAAACAUGGCACACUUUAAAAACUUCUCUUGGAAAGUGGGAGUGCCUUCUAACUCAAGACCAGAGCUGUUCUAAAAUUCAGUGUGUUUUCUUUUGAAAGAGGAAUCAAAUAAACCCAUCAUUCCACUCCCUAUCAUUAACACCUUAAAAUUAUUUUAUGAAUUACAAGUAGUCAUCUAUGUAACUGUAGAACAUUUGAUGAAAGGAACUCUUUAGGGAGGGAGAGAAGAAUCUAAGGUAAAUACUGUCUGGUCCUGAGGGCUUCUUCCCAUACUGGAGGAUGAUGCUGGGGACAGAAAGUGGUCUCUGGGGUAAAGCCCAUGCCAGAGACAGUUGCUGAAGCAGGUUGUAUUGAGAAGUUGGUUUUCGGGAACCGAAACUGAAAAACCCAGAAUAUGAGCUAUGAGAUCUAAGUGUGGUUCCUAAAUCAGCUUUCAAAGACUACAACCAUUCCGGUAUUCCUAAAUAAAUACCCAGUGUUUCCAACACAGAGUCCGUCAUAGUCUGAGAACAGAUGGAGUUCUGGAAAAUUCCUGAUAGCUACCUCCUCUCUUGAAAUUCUGAUGAGAAAAAUAGGAAAAUCGAGUUCCAUAAUGUUUCCAUCUCAUGAUUGCUGCCUGUAUGUAUUUGUGUUGAUUUGCUUCAUUUUUGGAGAAAGAGAAUGUGUAGAGCUGGUGAUGUUUCCUUCAUGGAUCCCAGGAAUUCACCAGAGGGAGUCAGACCUGUGCCUUCUCUUUUUAGGAUCUGUUCAUUGAUAUUUUAGUAAAUGUGCUGUUAUGGAAAUCCAUGCCUAUAGUCUGUAUAGAAGAUGUGAUUUUUAUAUAUAAAAUUGUGUUCUUAAUGUAAAAAAAAAAGUUUAUUUGUAGCUAGUGAAGUUGCUUAAUAAAGUCCUGGUACCAGUUUCGUUUAUUUUUUCCCAA